AUCUACAACCUUCUGAAAUCAUUCCUGAAACUUUGCUUACCUUAAUGAAGCCUUACAAACAAAACCACACCCGUCCGUACACAGUGAUGGAAGAAACUACCAUAAGGCUCCCUAGAGAUUUUCCUUACAGGCUGGCCUGGGGAACACCAACCACAGAAGAUCUGGGCAUAAAGCUGUAUUGCCCCAAGAUGAAGUUAAGUAAGGAACAUAAAAUAAGUGGCCUGCCUGUUGAGAAAAAGCUGGAACCAACAAAAUCGAUCCCAGUAAAAGGGAGAUAUAUCUUAGUGACUAAGCCAGUUUCAGCACCUUCAACUCCUCCUAUGAGCCCUCUGGAGAGCAAGUUACUCAGUGUCCGUUUCCCAAAGAUGAAGGAAAAGAUUCUUCGUUCUCUACUGUCAGACGUGCAGGAAUCAUGCUAAUCUUUCCAUUCAUUUUCAACGGUUUCAGUUUAUGAAUGCUUUCACGUCUCCCCUGCUCCUUCCAUAGGUUCACUAGACAGCAAGUUUCUGGGUUGUAGCUUUGAAUAGUUUCCCAGAGUUGGUUAGCUAAGUAAUAACACCAGUAUUUGAGCUCUCUUAUUUCAUUUUGUGGUAUGAAUUAUUUUAUGACAUACUGUGCUUUUGCUCAAUUUGCACAUGAAUACUUCAUAAAUGAGAGUCCUCAGUUCACAAGUGAUUAUUAACUAAGUAUUAAUGGCCAGACAAAAUAUUAAUUAUGGAUUCAGCUAACCCCAGAGAUCUUAUUUUUGCAGAUGUUUCCUACUUUAACAUUGUGAGAAGCCUGAAUUUCCAGAAGACUAAAAUAGUAUCUUCCCUUUUGGUCCAUCUCAUUUUGGCUUUUACUUAAGACUUCUAGUGCAUCUCGGACUACACAGUUUUCUUUCCUCAAGUUGGCUUCAAGCACAAAACAGAAUUAAUUCCUUGCAAGCAGUCUUUGAAAAACCAGUAACUUGUCCAGAGGGAUCACAUGUUUGGGGAUCACCCAUUCAAUAAGAUGAUUUAUCCAUUCCAGUAGUUUCUUUUCCUGCUUAAUGACUAAUUUAUAGCUAAAUGAAUGGCACCCAUUAAAACUGAUACACUCUUAGUGAUAUCUAAGUAAUCCAUAUCUGAUUUAUCCAUGUGAACACGGAAGAUUCUUCCACCUCAAAAAUGGUUGUAUGCAUUAGUCCUCAGGUGGCUGAACCCUACUAUUCUUUCUGCUUUUCCUUGGUAUUUUUGGUUUGUUACAUAUGUUUAUAAAAUAUUAUUUAGUAUAUGCUAAUUGAAGAAAUGCAAGUACAACACACCAUUAAGACUGCGGUCCUCAGAUCUUUAAAUAAAAUAUUUUUGAUAUAAUGGUGCUACAUCAGUAAAUACAAUUGUAUUUUAAAAGAUACCCUGAGAUUAACAGUCAUCUUCUUGUGGAAGAUUUUGUUUUUCAGUUGCACUUUUCAGUGUGUCUGACCCCACAUAACAGAGACUGCCUUAUUGAUUGUAAUACUGUGAUCUGACCCAUAUGCAGUCUCUGCAGCAAACCAUCUGUAUAACAUUAGAAUAAAGGCAAGCAGAGAGGCCUAUAUGUUGGUUUUGCCAUAAAGCAACACAAUGCAGUUGUUUUUGAUAGUUUCCAGAAAGGUAAACUUCUUUGUCAUUGUAUAGUCUUAAUAAAAUGAACUUCAUGACAUUUUUAUUGUUUCCUGUGUGAAAAUCUAACAAUCACACAUUCUCCUCUUUUCACUUCAUCUCUGGAAUUUUUCUUUCUUUCUUUGGAACCAUUUUCUUUAAGUAUUGUAAGACCACUCUGCUUGGGCAAGUGCUGAGUAGCCCAAGAUUUCUGGCUGUG